CCCGCGGGGUCAUAUUUUAGCGUCACAGCUGGGGGCCGGCUUCGCGGUUCCUCAUGGCAAAACAUGAACAGGUGUGACUCUCUGCUGGCUGGCCUGCCCCAGGACCCCGACUUCUGUGUCCCUCCUCUGCUCUCCAGUUCCUCCCGUUCCAACGCAAGUUUCUCAGUCAACGGAAAGUCUCAGCAGAGCUGGGGUAGUUCCCUGAGAGGUCACUCCGGAUCUGGGGAGCCUGUCGGGGUGGGAGAGGUCCCAGGGGGCUCACAGGAGGCCCCCACCUCUCUGGACACACCCUUGGACAAGAUCUUGGAUUCUGUCAUUGACUGGUCCAAGAGACUAGAAACUGGGGAGCUUCCCGCGGCUGCUCAGAACACAGUGCUCAGCUUAGACUGGCGGCCAUCGUGGGGUUCCAGGCAUCAGGCGAGUGGGACUCCCCCUCUCUUCUUGCCGGAAGCCCAGGAAGAUCUGAACAAGGCAGACGUUUUAAAGAAGGCUCACAGCAUCAAUAAGAAGCCCACAGAUGCUAAUUCUUCCAAGGCCAAAGCUAAGUGCUCCACAAAAAUUCCUGACGCCCAGAAGCUCCUACGGUGUGAACUAGAGUCCCUCAAGUGCCAGCUUCAAGCUCAGACCAAGGCGUUCGAGUUCCUCAAUCACUCGGUCACGCUGCUGGAGAAGGAGAGUUGCCUGCAGCAGAUCAAAAUCCAGCAACUGGAAGAAGUUCUGAGUCCACCGGACCACCCCGAGAAGGACAGCAGCAAGUGGGGGUCUGGGCAGGGCCCCCGGGAGCUGUGUGAGAUCCUGGCUCAAGGGCUGCUGGGUCUGGAGAAAGCACUGCAGGCCAGUGAAGAGGGGCAGAGGGAACGCACCGGGCGCUGCCUGCAACUGCUGGCCCAGGAGAUUCGGGACAGUAAGAAGUUCCUGUGGGAAGAACUGGAGCUGGUUCGAGAGGAAGUGACCUUCAUCUAUCACAAACUGCAGGCCCAGGAGGAAGAGAUCGCUGAGAGCAUGGUCAACAUCCGGAAGAUGCAGCAGACCCAGAUGAAAUGUCGCCAGGUCCUCAGCAGGAUGAAGUAUCAGGGGUGUGAUAUGUCCAACUGGCCCGAGGAGUCGAAGGCAGCGGGAGGCACCAGAUCCUGGAGGAAGGAGCUCCAGAAGGAGCUGGGUGACAUAUGGUCCGCAGUGCACCUGCUGCAGAACUCUAUUGACCAUGCCUCUCUGCCCGUUGGGGGCUGGCCCAGAGCCGUGGGGCUCAGGGGAACCAAGGGGAACCUCUGCCAGAGCCCUCCGCCCCACUCCUGGGACUCCGACUCCGACUCGAACCCUUUCCAGCCGCCAUUCAGCAACAACUACACUUUCUCACUGGGUGUGGAUUCUCCCUUGACCCCCUCGUCCCUCCUGGAGCCCCAUGUUGUGGACUGCUCUAGAUCCCAGCCACCUGCGCCCUGAAGGCUGGGCCUGGGGUCCCCUGCUUUCAAGAUGAGUCCUACCUUCUGAGCAGCUGGAGUGGCCCCCAAGACCUCCUUAGCGAGAAAAUAAAGUAAAUGAGACCCUU